AUGUCGGGCUCAGCAACCGCAGUCGAGAUCGAGCUCGGCACUCUGCGAGUUGUAGACGAGGCGCAGUCUCAUGACAAGAGUGCUCCAGCAUUGGCCGCAUCUUCUUCGUCGACGACUUCUCCUGAGCCCGUCGCACCUGGCAAGCUACGCUCAGCGGGCAUUCUCAUAACCCUCGCCUCCGUCUCGCUCCUGAACACAUUCAACUCGGGCCUGCUCACAGUCGCCCUGCCCACCAUGGCCCGCGAUCUCCCGAUCCCGUCGAACCUUCUCCUCUGGCCAGCCUCCGUCUACGCCCUGGGCCUCUCCUGCUUCCUGCUGCCGCUCGGCGCAGUCACGGACCUCAUCGGCGCCCGGCCCAUCUUCCUCACAGGGUGCGUUCUGUACACAUGCUUCACCCUAGCCGUGUCGCUGGCCCGGUCCGCCGACCAGCUCAUCCUCUUCCGCGUGCUCCAGGGCAUCGCCAUGGCCUUCUGCAUGCCACCCGCCGUGAGCACCAUCACAAACAUCUUCCCGACAGGCCGCACCCGCAACGUCGCCUUUGCCGUAUUUGGCGGCGGCAGCCCUCUCGGGUUCGCCCUGGGCCUCGUCCUGGGCGGCCUCUUUGUGCAGGCCUCGAGCUGGCGCGCGGGCUACUGGAUGAGCACGAGCGUCAACGCCGCCUCCAUCAUCCUCGGCUGGGUCGUCCUGCCAGGGAAGAGCGGCGAUGGGCUGACUGCGCCCCUGGGACAAGACAUCCGGCACAGGCUCGCCACGGAGCUCGAUUGGAUAGGCGUGGGCGCCGCGAGCGCGUGCCUUGCCCUGCUGUCGUACGUGUUCGCAGAGGUGACGAAUGGCUCGGGUGUGUUUCGCUCCCAGCCGCACAUUUCCGCCCUUCUCGCUGUUGCGGUGCUGCUCGUCCCUUUCUUUGUGUUCUGGGAGGGCCGCCAGGAGAGAUUAGGCCGCCCCGCCGUCUUGCCUAACAGCAUCUGGAGGCGGCGUGAGUUCACGGCCGUUUGUCUAUCUGUGUUUCUGACCUGGUCGUGGUUUAAUGCAUUUGGAUACUGGGCAACACUUUAUUUUCAGGAGUCGCAGGGCCUCGACGCGCUGCAUACAGCCUUGCGUUUUCUGCCGCUGGUCGUGGCUGGUCUGGCUACGAAUGUUCUCGCUGCUGUGGUCAUGGACAAGGUGAAUGCCGGGCUGCUCAGCCUGCUCAGUGGGAUUGUGAGCGCCGCGGCGCCGCUGAUUUUCGCUCUGCAGGAUCUGGGCUGGAUCUACUGGAAGUCUGCGUUUCCAGCUAUGAUCUUGAGCGUGAUAAGCACAGACCUGCUUUUCAACAUCAGCAAUCUGGUCAUCACUACAAAUUUCCCUGGGAAGAGCCAGGGCCUGGCGGGUGGUGUGUUCAACACGGUGGCUCAGCUGGGGAACAGCAUCGGGCUGGCUAUCACGGCCAUGAUUGCCGCUGCAGUAACGAAUGCUGCUGGGAACGAUGGGAUGGUCACAAAGGGAGGGUUGACGUAUGAUGAAUCGGCGUUGCAGGGCUAUCGGAGUGGGUUCUGGACUUGCUUUGCUGCGGCUGUAGUGAGUACUUUCAUCAGCUCGAUUGGCCUGAGAGGUGCUGGGAAAGUAGGCAAGAAGAAGGAGUCGUAA